UUGAGACUGUAGAAUUCGAUAGGCUUCGUUCCAUCAUUUUCGUUUUUUCGCAAUCUCAGCUAAUUCAUUACCAAGAAAGCAGUAUGCGGUUUCUUUUCUUUCAUUCUGGUUUACAGUUCAAUCUUUUAUAUUUCGCCACAAGCAAGGACCAUAAUCAGUUAGAUGAUGAUUCACCUUACAACGGUAUCGGCACCAUGCAGGCAGAGUUGCCUAAACUGACAUUAAGAGAUGCGAUAGACCAGAAUUCAGGUUCAUCUAUUUCGAGUCCUCCUCCAGGACCAUUGAGUCCCACCACUGAAACUGCGGGUAGCGAUAUUGGAGAGAUGGACGAAGUGCCUAUUAACGAUAACAGUGACAUUCUCCCACCAAAAAGUGUCUUCCAAUCGCAAGCCCUUGAAGAGGUGCCCACGGAGACCUCUGAUGUAUUUUUAAAAAUUACAGUAACUUCGCCACAAAAAGUCGGUGAAGGUAUGGGUGCCUAUGUUGCAUACCGAGUUGAGACUAAAACCAACAUGCCAAUAUUCCGAAAGCGUAGUUUCAGUGUGGUUCGACGCUUUAGUGAUUUUCUUGGUCUUCACGACAAACUGACGGAGAAGUAUCUGAGAAAUGGUAGAAUUAUACCACCAGCACCGGAGAAAAGUGUUAUUGGCAUGACGAAAAUUAAAAUGUCCGGUGACAAAACCCAAGAACAUAAUUCAAGCUCGACUGAGUUCAUUGAGAGGCGCAGGGCUGCUUUGGAGAGAUAUGUAAAUAGAACAGCUGCUCAUGAUGUCCUUCGCGUUGAUCCCGAUUUUAGAGAGUUCUUGGAAGCUGAUAUGGAAUUACCCAAGGCCACAAGUACAUCGGCACUUAGUGGUGCUGGAGUUAUGAGACUUUUUAAUAAAGUUGGAGAAACAGUCAAUAAAAUCACUUAUAAAAUGGAUGAAAAUGAUUCGUGGUUUGAAGAAAAAACAACUCAAAUAGAUUCUCUGGACAUACAAUUACGCGCAUUACAUGCGGCUGUUGAAAGUCUGACCAAUGAAAGAAGAGAGUUGGCUAAUUGUACAGGCGCCACAGCAAGAUCCAUUGCUGUACUUGGCCAUGGGGAGCCAGGCGCUUCCCUUGGCAGAGCCUUGGCUCAAUUAGCUGAAACAUUGGAAAAAGUCGAGGUGGUCAGAAGGGCUCAGAGCAAUAGCGAUUUAUAUCAAUUUGGAGAAAUGCUGAGGGAUUAUGUCGCGUUAAUUGGCGCAAUUAAAGGCGUUUUUCACGAGCGUGUGAAAGUGUUUCAAAAUUGGCAACAUGCUCAGCUUAUGCUGAAUAAGAAACGAGAACAAAAAGCAAAGUUAGAACAGUCCGGGCGCAGCGAAAAGUUGAACCAAGCUGCAACUGAAGUAAUUGAAUGGGAAUCAAAGGUUGACAGAGGUCAAGAGGAGUUUGAUAAUAUUUCAAAAAUGAUAAAGAAGGAAGUUGAGAGAUUUGAAUUAGUCAGAGUGGAGGAUUUCAAAAAGCAAUUGACUGAGUAUCUCGAAGCAAUGCUGCAACAUCAAAAUCAGCUAAUUAAACACUGGGAAAGUUUCCUUCCCGAGGCUCGUGCAGUUGCAUGAACAUUCCACGAGUAUAUAAAAUUACGAAAUAUAUCUAUGUAUAUAUACACGUACAACUACAUUUAUGUGUACAUAGAUAAAAUUUACUUAUAAUGUGUAAUGAUAACAAAAUUAUCUUUUUUAAGCAUUAGAUAAUAAUUCAUAUCUGAAAGUGUACUAGUAAGUAUACAAGUUGAGUCUCUUCAACGUUUUGCCUGAUUUUCCUAGACAAAAGUUGGGAUGUGAAAUUUCGAGCACAGGUACCAUCUGUUUCAUUUAAAAAUUGAAAACAAUCGUGUUACUAUUUAAUUUUUAAGACUCUUCACGAUUUAUUAUACAUGUAUAAUCUUAUAAUCGAAAACAACAACAGUAACAGAAAACAACUUUUCCGAUGCAUCGGCAAAAAAAUUCAGUCGCACAGUUGUUAAAAUGAUCGCUCGAAGCGAAUCGCUCGCUGUUAAACAAUAUUUAUAGAAAUAUAUACAUUAUAUAAUAUAUUAUAUUAUAUACAUACAUACAUACAUACAUACAUACAUACAUGCAUACAAACAUACAUAAAUACAUCAAAAUCGUACUCUUUUCUUUCAGGCACGUAUUCUAUACACGUACUAUUUGUUAGAGAAUGUUAUUCGACAAUAAAAUUGAAGUUAUACAAAA